GAAUUUUUGAAGGCGCUUUAAACGAUGCUUCGGUUGCUGACCUUGCGGUUUUUACCUAAGCGAGGUGUUCUUAGUUUAAGGAGUUAUAGUCCUGAUGGAAGCUAUAAAAGUGAACACGGACCAUCAUACUACCUUAUCCCAGAAAUACCUAGUGAGUCUUACGUGUCAAGAAUCAUUUUGGAACCGCUGAACAUCUCGAAUUUAGAUGACCUGAAACCCGAUAAGGUUUUCGGUGGCGUUUCCAGACUUAUAAUGAACUAUCAGGUGUCAAUAUCAAAGUUGUCAGAUAAUAUCCAGAAGGGAGAGCUUUCAAAAAAUGACACUACUAUCAUAUCUUCGCUUGAACAAGCAUCUUUUCCAGUGGAACAAGCAUUUCGUAACCUAAGUUGCUUAACAACCCUGAAGAAUGAUCACAUUUGGAGUUUGGUAGUAUCACGUCUGUAUCAAAAAUUCAAGGCGGCUAGGCGUGAAUAUUUUCAUCGCGAUUCAACCAUAUGUGAAGCUCUUUUAACACUCAGGCGAUCUUCCUCAAAUUUGGAUGAGUAUGAGAAAGGCUUACUGGAUGUAUGGAUAUAUGAUUGUUGGUCAGUGGGUACUGGGUUAUUGCUUGCCAGUAACAAGUCUGGAAAAAUCAUUUCAUUUUCUGAAUUGAAUGAUAUUAUUCAAGAAACUAGCAAAACUACAGCCUCUCCACAUAUUACUCCACCAAACGCCCGCAAAUCUUUGGAAGUGAUACAUGAUAGUUAUGCUACUGUGGAGAAAGAAGAAGCUAAGUUUCAAGCAAUGGUUGCAUCUUGUGCUGUAGUCUCAUUGCCUCAGUAUUACAGGUCAAAAUACACUGGUCGUGCAACAAUACCGUCAUCUUUAGAAAUCCUCACAGGUGCCACAGAUGUCAGUGUCGCUGAGUCAGAUCUGGCUCCAUCAGCUCCUUACUGGCUACCAGCAGUCUUAGGUGGUAAAGAAAAUGGGGGACAUAUAGCUGGGAUGCAUGUUAGCUUAAUUUCAAACGAUGUAGUCAGUGAAUUCCUAAAACAUUGUAGUACUAGCGAAGUACGUAAAACCGUAUGGGAAUACUGGGUACGACGUGCAAGUGGUCGUUAUUUUGGCCCAGCUACUGGUUUAUGUGCGUCUAAUGAUCAGCGUAUACAGGAUAUUCGUCACUUACGAAGAACUCUGGCAAAAUAUCUUGGUUGUAAAGACUGGUUGUCCGUUGUUUGGAGUUCUCCUUAUUCACACUCGCCUUCGUCUCCUGAUGAACUUAUCGCUGAUGUCCUAGAACCUUCCAGAUCUAUUUUAACACAAAUUGGAGAACGUGACUUUAAGCUACUAAAAGAAUGGGCUAAUGUAAAUCUAGAUAUAUCUGGCAAAACUUUAGAACCUUGGGACGUUGAAUAUGCUUUGGAACAGUAUAAUUACGCUUUUAAUUAUGCACGUUUAGAGCAUAUAAUCACUCCACCAGAUGGUUCACUAGUAAAUUAUCUUCACACAGUAUUUUGUGAGUUGGCAAAUGUAUUUCACUUCAAGUUAUCAUCUCAAAUACCAAGAUCAUCUGUAGAAGAAAAUGAGUGUUAUGUUGUUGAAAAAUUGGUUUAUCAUGUGGAAGACUUAACAAGUGGUACACUACUUGGUGAAAUAAUUAUUGAUCCUUUCGCAAGAACCAACCGUUCAGUUCCUGUUGGUGGUAAUAUAUUUGCCCCUGUCUUUGCACGAAAUAAUUUACCAAAGAGUGAUAUUCGUGUACAUUCUGAAUCUUCUCAUUAUCCUAUAGCUUACAUUCUAGGUAGUUUAAAUCAGUCUACUGAAACAAAUGGAAUUUCUUUCAAUGUUUUAUUAUCAUUUAUGUCUAUGUUUGGAGCAUGUCUUCAGUAUGUAUCAUGUCGUGUACCGCAUCAUGAAUUAUAUGGAUUCCCUCAUUAUAUAGCAUUGGAUACACGUUAUGUUAUGCCAGAUUUAUGUUAUAAUAUAGGAUAUAAUUAUGCUAUACCAUCAUUAAAAAAUUUACCAAAUAAACAAAAAUCCUAUUUUCAACCAUCUGCUAUCGGAUUAAAAACACCUUCUAGGUCUAUUAAAUCAUUGUAUUUGUUACAAGAAUUAUAUCAAUCUCGAUUUGAUUUAGCCAUGUGGUCAAAGAAAUAUUCAGAAACUAAAUGGUCAACAAUACAAAAAAAUCUAUGGAAAUUACAUAUGCCUUAUCCAUUGCAUCCAGAGGAUACAUUACCAUGUUCUUAUACAAAUAUAUUUGGACCAAAUUCUGAAUCUGGUUUAAUGUAUCAUCAUAUAUGGCGUAAAGUCCUACUCGAAGAUAUUCUACUUUCAUUAGAUGAAGCUGGUUGGUUAUCAUCUGAUAAAACAGAUUCAGAAAAGGUAUCAGAAGUUUUUAAACGAUUUCGAGAUACAUACCUGACAUAUGGAAGUGCAAUUCCACCAGCUGAAUUAUUUCGACGUUUUCGUGGAAGAGAUCUUAAUCCUCAAUUAUUUUUAAAGAAGAUAGAAACUUCAAUAGAAUCUCCAGAGAUGCCUAUAAUAUCAGAAGAUAUUGCACCUAUAUUAGCUCGUUAAUAGUUUUCAUAAAUUUUAAUCUAUUUAUACAACUGUUAAUCAUGUACACAGUUAUUUAAGAAUUAUUUAUUUGUAUUUAAUAGCAACAACAACAACACCCCUAACCCCCCCCAACCACCACCAUCACUAACAAAUACUUUAUGCUUAACACUUGUACAUUAUAAUACAUUUUUCUUAUAUAACUGUAACGUGAUGUUUUGUGUAGAUUAUAGAAAACUUGGUAAAACAUUUUAUAGUUUUCCAUAAGAAAUUUGUACACUUUUGUUUACAAAAUACUUUGAAUUCAAUCAAACUAUAUAAUUUGAAAUAGGUAGAUAUCAUUUUGUCACUAUGGAAUUGUAAUGAGCAAUCAAAAAAAAAUCACUUAGGUGUUUCAUAUUUCUUCUUCUUCUUCUUUUUUAAUGAACUACAUUAAACUCUUAACAGAUAGUGUUAGUCGUGUUUAACAAUGAUUUAGCCUAUAUGUGAUUUUCAACUUAAAUAUCAAGAUACUUAUCAUAAAUGCAAAUUGUAUUUCUUGAAAUUGUAUUGUUGAAUUCAAUGUUAUAUGUCUUAAUAAUAUUUGUUACUUCUAUAACAAUGAAAUUCAGGUU